AUGGUGGCGGUCUCCGCUGAGGAAGCCGCGAAGAAGACCGAGAAGCGAGGUCUCUCCGGCCUCGGAUACGGUGGCCUGGGAUACGGUGGCCUCGGAUACGACGGCGGUCUCGGAUACGGCGGAAGUCUCGGAUAUGGCGGACUCGGAUACGGCGGAUACGGUUACGGUCAUGGUGGAUACUACAGUGCCCCAGCUGUCAGCUACGCUAACCAGGUUGCGUACGGCGGAUAUGGCGGAUAUGGCCACGGUCUCGGAUACGGCGGUCACGGUCUCGGCGGAUACGGCGGUCUCGGUUACUACGGACAUCACUAA